CGAACCCAACCGCCCCUAAACCAUCAAGUGGCGAAAAAUCACCAGCAGCUGAAAACUGGAACGUAAAACGGCGAAAAUAUGCUCAAGUCGGAGGUUCAGCACCAGUUCUGGAUCACCAAAAAGGUGGUACAGCGUAAACUCGGGACAAAGGAAGACAAACACGUAAUAUCCUCGGACGCGGAGCUGGAUUCUAAAAUCGAGGUGUUCAAAUCGAUAUCAGAUACCAGCUUGAACCUAUGCAAAAUCAUCGACCAAUACCAGGAGCGCCUCUGUAUCCUUUCGCAGGAGGAAUGUGUGUUCGGGAGGUUCCUGAAGGAGGCGGGAAAAAGGAGCCGGACUACAGGCGGAAGUAUCGCCCAUACAGGCAAAGCCGUAUCAUUCGCCGGACAGCAAAGGAUGUGCGUUCGAGUUCCGCUUCUGCGGCUACAGCACGAAGUUGAUGUGUUUCGGUGUCGUGCGGUUAAGGAUACGGAGCAGACUCUUCAGUCCAUGGAAAAAGAACGCACGGAAUAUCGAGCUGCUCUAUCCUGGAUGAAAUCUGCCAGCCAGGAACUGGAUCCCGAUACGGGAAAGGGUCUGGACAAGUUCCGCACGGCACAGACCCAUGUGCGAGUGGCCAAGCAUAACUUUGAUGGAUACUCCAUGGAUUCCAUUCAAAAGAUUGAUUUAUUGGCCGCUGCCCGCUGCAAUAUGUAUUCCCAUGCCCUGGUAGCCUACGUGGCCGAGUUAAAGAGUUUCGCUCAGAAGGCCGCCUCCACAUUCCAGACCAUAUCCAAGGCCUUGAUUAUAAAACCCAAGUACGACUUCUGUGUGCUGAAGGAGCUGUCCCAAAAUGAAGGCCCUAGCGAGGAAGUGCCACCCAUUGAAGCCGUGGAUAAGGAUCAAUCGUUAUUCUUUGCCAACGAGUAUCAGGAUAAGCUGGAAACCCAACCAGAAAAAAAGGAGUCUGAAGAGGACAAACCAAGCGAACCUGCCACUGCCUGCGGCGACAAUGAAUCCUUGCUGAUUGAGUUAUCUAAGCAGCUGGAGGAGAGCCCGCUGAUUGAUGCGCCUCUCGAUGAUGAAGAAAUACCAGCCCAAAAUAGCAGUAACAAGUUAUGGUCGCGCUUAUUCAGUCAGCAGAAUCAACAACCCUUACCGAGCCAAGUAGCCAAGGAAGCCAAGACAAGUGCAAGUGGGACCACCCCGGUCGCCAGCAAAUCACAGUCCACCAAUAAUCCCUGGCUAGAUCUUUUUGCCGACCUUGAUCCCUUUGCCAAUCCGCAAGCCUUUGAUCUGAAAAUGAGCGGUGGACGUAGUGUGGCUGAGCAGACAUAAGAU